AUGUCUCAACCGGAGCGUAGUCCCAUGCACUGGCCCACCUUUCCCGACAACGUCCCAAUCUACCUCGACACAGGUGACAACCGUGCGGCAGGCAAGAGCUAUGGGACAACACCAACAACACCGACGACACCAGAGAUCUUACCUCAAGGCCGUCCAACCUAUCUGAGUCCAGCCCACAUUAACGCCCCACCAAUCAGUCCGGCUGAGCCAAGUCCCACCACAACUAUCGAAACAUCUUCUGAUCACCGCUCUGUGAUCUGGCCGAUUCCAGAACCACCUCCAGAGGUCAUGACACAGCAGCCUCGCCGCCCACUACUUCGGUUCUUUCCCACAGAUCGACCGCGUGUACGACUUGAUGAACCUUCACUUCAAGCUCCACAUACAUCUACAGAUCCGGAGAAGCAGGAACACCCUGACCAGAAAUCUCGGUUCGGUCUGGGCAUCAGUGAUGGCCCACCCAGACCACCCUCGAUCCGCGUACAGCCACCACCUUUUGACAACGAGAAGGUUGACCCGGCAUCGAAUAUUGCACAACGUAUCGAAGAGAAACUCUGGACUUACAACUCCUCUGGGAAUGUCGUUGAGCGUUGGCUCCUUGAGAUCGUCAGCUGGCUGAUCAGCGCUGUGUGCAUGGGCGCGAUCAUCGCAGUCUUGGUUGUUCUCAAAGACAAGCCCUCAUCCAAGUGGCCAUUCGACAGCAUCGGGCUCACCCUCAACGCCUUCGUGUCAGUACUGUCACGUAUUGCUGGUGCAGCACUGCUACUUCCAGUUGCGGAGGCACUCGGACAACUCAAGUGGAGCUGGUUCAUCAAAGGAGACUCGAAGAAGAUGUGGGACUUUGAGAUGUUUGAUAAUGCAUCAAGAGGACCCUGGGGCGCCUUUCUUCUGCUUAUCCAUACGAAGGGCAAGACCAUUGCAGCCCUUGGUGCUCUCGUUACGAUCUUUGCCCUAGCGCUAGAUCCUUUCUUCCAACAGGUCGUCAGCUUUCCACAACGCUGGACAUUGCAGGGCACCAACAGUUCUAUCGCUCGAGUUGUACGAUACGAACCUGUGCUCGACGUUGAUUACAGAGAUGGCACCCCGAUCUCGCAGCAGGAUGCGAACAUCAUGGCCGUUGCCAAUCUUUACUUCGUCAACAACGGCACUCAACCGAUGCCUUUUGGAAAUGGAACUCGCGCAGAAGUACCCUUGUCAUGCCCUAGUAGCAACUGUACAUGGCCGAGCUACGACACUCUUGGCAUGUGCAGCGAAUGUGUAGACACGUCAAAUCUCCUUGACUUCGCAUGCAUGUCUACGCAAGUCGACUGGACAUCACAACUGACCAGCAAUACGUCUACAUACAUCAAUACGACCGUAUGCGGGUACUUCUUGAACGCUACAGGCGAGGCACCAGUUCUAAUGUCUGGAUAUAUGGUAGACGAGAACGGUACCAAAUCCGACGAGGCUCUCAUCAUGCGGACUUUACCUCUCAUCACCUGGCCGGCCCGCGAUCCACUUUGGGGAGACGGCUCGAUCAAUUUCAAGAACGUACGCAAUCCAAUCGAGGACGUCUUGAUCGCCAGCACUGCCAAUGCGUCUGACGUUUAUGCGGACAAGAGGCCGGUGAUGCACGAGUGCGUCUUGUCCUAUUGUGUGAAGAGUAUCCGGUCUUCCUAUUACCUGGGAACAUACGAAGAAGAGAUCACCAAUGUCUUCAUCAACGAUACCAAGGGGAAAUAUCCGUGGUCUACUUACGAAAUGCCGGAAGAGCAGAUGACAUACACAGACUAUCUUGAGAAUGUUACUAUUGCUGCGCCUCCGACCGAUCAGAAUUUUUCGACGUACGGAUGGGGUGUUAGCAACGACACUCUGCUCAACACCGUCGUAAUCUUCGAUCGCAUAUUUCCCGCCUUCACAACUGUUACCAAUGAUUCGGAAACCCCAACCCUUCGCUGGAGGACCGGAAGUCCGGACAUGGUCAUGACCAAAUUCCUAGACUUCAAUCCAUGGCUGGUACCAAACAACAUUACGCAUCACAUGGAGCGAAUGGCACGUUCUAUCACGAAUGUCAUUCGAUCGUCAAGCAGUGGUGAUUUGGUUUAUGGCCAGGCUUUUGACAACGAGGUUCAUCAAAAGCGCUACCGAGAAAGGUCAAGUGAGCAUAAGGAAGAAUUCCGCGAUCGCUACAUUGCUCUAUGGGCUUCCAGACCACUAUCAAAAACGACUGGCGAAGUCCAACUCGCAAGGCACACCAAGGACCAAAGCGAAGCACCUCAGAGUAAGGCUAUCUGCGACACGCGGGUGGAGAAGUUCUGGGAAUGUGUUUACCCCUUUGACGCCCAAGGCGCCAAAUCUACCACCACCAGGGUGGAUUUGAUCUCAUUUUUCGUUACAUAA